GGCGCAGUUAACCCACGUGUAUGCAUUUCCUGUAAUGGGGUGGCCUGAUAAACACUGAAAUAUCUGUUGUGAAGUGUUUUUAAGCUAUGGAUGAACUACCAGCGGACCUCAGAGCUUUUCUUCUUAACCACCCCUUUCUUCAGCUUACAGAUGGCAAAAAGAUCAGAUGCACUUUGAACGGCCAUGAGUUUCCGUGCAGCCUGACGGAGCUACAGAAGUUCACUCAAGGGAAGAAAUAUGAGAAACUGAGUGCUGCAGCGGAGUUUAAUUACAGCCAGUAUGAACCACACAUUGUGCCAAGCACAAAACAACCCAAUCAGCUUUUCUGUAAGCUAACCCUCAGGCACCUCAACCGGCAGCCACAUCACGUCCUCAGACAUGUUAACGGGAAACGCUUCAAGAAAGCCCACUCCAAAUAUGAAGAGUGUGUGCAGCAGGGGAUUGAAUUCACUCCAGCCAGACUGAAGCAGAAAAGGCCCAGAAACAUCGGAGAGGAGGUCAUUCCGGGAAGGCCCUCAAAACAGGGGAACAGCUCGUGGGAACCCUCAUCUAGUGACGAGGAUCACAGUGACUCAGAAGACAGCAUGAGUGACCUCUACCCUCCCACUAUGUUCACUUUAAAAACCAUGGCGGAAGAAAGUAUGGAGGGUGGUGGGGAUGAGGAGGAAGAUGAUUUCCAAACAGAUGAAGACGAGCAAAUGGAGGUGGAUAAGCAGGUGCUGCAGAAACGCAAGAAGGUCCAGGGCGGUGGUUUUCAAAAGAAAUCAAGAAAUAACCACUGGAAAUCAGGCCGCAAAAAACAUGGCAAAGGGCUAAGUGGAAAGUAAAAUGCAAAUCCAUAUACAUAUAGUAUUUUUAUACCUGGUAAUUUAUCGGGGAGCAAUACUGCAGUUCAGUUUGGAGUAGUAUUCCUGUGUCUGAGCCUGCCAGAUCUAUACAUAAGUGAACAUCAUUUAGACGUUUCAUAUUUUCUCCAUAUGAAAGGAUGUCUGUUUUCCAAGUGAUGUGAUGUUGCACGGUUUCAAAGAUGCUGGUUUACGUGACAUGGAAAAUGUGUUGGUGGCAGUAAACAUAAUUUUCAGUGAUAAGUUGUAUUUUAUGGUUUCCAACCAAGAGCACUACUAUAAAAUACGACUCAGUUCGGAUGUGCAAA